CUCAAAAAUUUUGUUUACAAUUCCAGCUAUAUAGCUACAGGAAAGAUUAUCUUUCAUUCAUUUAUGUGUAGUGUUAAAACUUAAGAAGUGCGAAUUUGACGACAUUGUUUAGAAAAACUUUCGAUAGUUAGUUUUGAAUUAUUAAGAAGGUUAAGUGUUUUUUGUACGUUUUUUAAUGUGAUAUGUGAAAAUGAGUAUCUAUCGCGGUAGGAACAGAAAAGAAUUUUCUUUGGCAUCUUUACUGUACGAUUCUAUCGAAGAUAGAGAUUUACAUGCUGUAAAAUUACUACUUGAAGAAAAUGGGGCCGAUCCAAAUUUGGUUCUUCCCAUUAAAGGAAUUUCGCCUUUUCAUCUGGCUAUUGGCUGCGACUCGAACGACGUGGCAAUCAGGCUCACAUCCUUAAUUUUGCAACAUGGGGGCAACCCCAAUGUAAGAUCUGACGAUGGGUUAACCCCUUUGCAUAUUUCUUCUGCAUGGGGGAGAUAUGAAAUACUCCAAUUACUUUUAUGUUCCGGAGGAGACCCAGAAUUUAGGGACAUCAACAACAAAACACCCAUACAUUAUGCCUACGAAGAAAAUUUUACUGACUGCCUAAAUUUACUGAAGGCCCAUCUACCGAAUAAACAGGAAAUAUUCAACAGAGAAAAUGAGGAGACAAACAAAUUCAACAUGGUUUUUGACAAAAUAGUUGUUGACAACGGCACGCAAUUAGGCGAGUACGAAAUAGUAAAAGAGUAUGACUCACAAGAAUAUUCGAUAACAAAAAAAAAUUUACAACUUUUACCUCAAGCUGAUACAACAGAAUAUGUUAUGAGUUGGUUUUCCAAACACCAUAGCAAUACAGAACAGAAUUCCAUAUACUUUAAUUUAACAGAAAGUAAUAAACCUAAAAACAGCAUUGAUAGUUUUGAAUCAUCUGAUGAUGAAUCAAGUGUGGAAGUAAAAAAGGUUUUACCAGUGGAGAAUAUCACUUUUAGAAAGGUUUACACGAAGACCAGAAAAAUAAGCACUGCAAGUAAAAAUUCCAUAAGCCCAAAACCUAAAGAAUUAUCUGUAAUCGAACUGGAAGAUACAAAAAAUGAUAACACAAUGUACACAGCUGACGAGUUCUCCACCUUUGAACAAUUCUCCAAAGAAAGCGGCAUAAUAUCACUCCGACACAGUACAAAAUCCCAAGACUCACUUUUCGAUGAAGACCUGACAGUAAACUCCCCCAAAAACUCUUUGAAAAUUCCCAAAAUCUCUAAACAAGACGCUAGCAGCGACUACAUGACGUGCUCCACAAACAGCGAUAACCAAAUUCUGGAGAAGAAUAUUUUCGAGAUUACCGAAGAUUUAAGCGUUAAUUUGUAUGUUCAGGAUGAGGUGAGGAGUGAGGGCAGCAAUGGGAGCAAUUUGAGGAAGAGUCAAGGCGUUUUAAGUGCGGAUUUGAGUUUUGUCAGCGUUUCCGAGGUUUAUAAGUAUGUUGAUGAGGAAAAAGGGGUCGUGCUGUAUGAAAGGAGGUUCUUGAAGACACCUGCAAGCGAUUGCGGUGGAAGCGUCAAAUCCAGUUCGUUUUCCUCGAAAAUGUCUUCGUUACCUGAAACAAUCGACUACGACACGGAUACCCUAAGAAAAGAGCUAACUUUGCACGGGUACCAACCUGGCCCCAUCACUAGUACCACCAAGAGGGUAUACUUGAAGAAGUUAAGGCAAUUAAAGAAGAAACCCACGGUGUUUGUACAGGAAGUGCCGUCAAAUAAAAAAGUUUACUCAGUUGAAAUAGAAAAAACCCUGCGAGACUCCACAUGGCAAAACGACCUAUCGCCUUAUAAAAUCCUAGAAGAAUCCGUAUCAAAACAAUUUAGCUGCCCAGAUCCGUCGAGAAAAUGGCGCGAAGGAGUCAACAAAACAUCCUUCACUUACCUACUCCUGGAUUCUAGAAUAACGAAUAAUUUACCGUGUAGGGCCGAACUAAUGCAGCCCAAGGAAAUCUGGGAGACCUUUUUAUCCGCCAUUUUUUACGUCGGCAAAGGAAAGAAGUCCAGGCCUUAUUCGCACCUAUACGAAGCAGUUUCCCUAUGGAAUAAAAAGGAGUUUAAGACUACCGAUAAAAAGCUACAAAAUAUCAUCGAUAUAUGGAAAAAUAACACCGGGGUUAUUUGUUUGCAAGUUUUUCACAACGUGAUUCCAGUCGAGGCUUACACUCGCGAAGCCUCGAUGAUUUUGGCUCUGAAACUUGAAAACGUCAAAAAUCUGAAAUACGGAGAUUUUUACGGAAUCGCGGCAACCUGGAGUCAAAAACAAAAGAAGAUGUUCGGGAUGCACCUACUAUACAAAGCCAUGAUGAUUUUUUUAAAUGAAGGUGAAAGACAACUGUAUCCCAACGACAUUGAUAAAAUUUAGGGAUAAGUAAUUUCGUAAUUUACGCCACAAUCUAGGUUUUACAGUAUUAUGCAAUUUUUGUGGUCAAAACUAGAUUAAUUUGUGAUAUUAGUGUAAAUUGUACUUUUUGGCUAAUUUUUGUCUAGUCAAAUUUUUUAUUGAAUAUGAAUUUGCAAUAUUUGUAUCUUUUUAUGAAAUA